AUCAAACACGAGCCGAGUGGGCGGAGACCGACAUGUUUAACAAUCAGGGGACAGUUUUGCUCGAGACGCCGUGAGAACGGGACCUCUCCGCCAAGGAGCAAGCAUGUUGUUGCAAAAAUGGGGGGUCUAUUUCUCGACAGCGUGCAUGCUUUGCUACAUGAUAGUACUCAAUAUCAUAAUCAGGAUUAUGCAUUUUGUUUCACCAGGCCUCGCCAAGAAGCAAAUCCUCAGACUGGGUGAAAAGAUCACCAUGACCCAGAAUCCCAGAUUUGGGUAUGAAGACUGGGGUCCGACGUUUAAGUCGUUUAACUUCGUCAAAACCGCAUCCGAGCACAUGUGGCUGUCCCUCGGGCAAGAGGCUUUCGUGGGAGGAGAAGCUCCGGACUCACCUGUGGUCACCAUGGAUGGGGAGAAAACGAGCGUACUGAGCUACUUGAGAGACGGCAGACCGCUGGUGCUGAGUUUCGGUAGUUGCACCUGACCCCCGUUCAUGUUCAGACUUGACGAGUUCAAGCAACUCGUCAGGGACUUCGGCGACGUAGCCGACUUUCUCGUGGUCUACAUCGCCGAGGCACAUUCGACAGAUGGCUGGGCCUUUACCAACAACUUUGACAUCAACCGGCACCGGAGCCUGGAGGACAGGCUGUCUGCGGCACAGAUCCUGGUGGGACGGGAGCCCCUGUGCCCGGUGGUUGUUGAUGAAAUGAAUGAUGUCGCCGCCAUAAAGUACGGCGCUUUGCCUGAGAGGCUUUACGUGCUGCAGAGCGGGAAAGUCGUCUACAAGGUGAGACCUGUGCCCUACCAACACCAAGACACAUUCCCGCACUUUCAUUGUGUGGGACCCCGAUUGGGGGGGAUGGGGCCUUGGGGCUACCGUCCACUGGAGGUGCGUCUGUUCCUGGAGAAGAUGAAAUAAGAAGAGUGUUAAUCAAGUCAAUGCAUGUAGUUGCCCUCCAACCAGUCUUAUAUGGAGGCGGAUUUCUGUGUUCAGUAGGGGAUGGGGGAUGUUAACACUUUUAACUGACAUAUACUACUGAUAUAACACAAUACCAUAUGCUUUCUCAGUUUUUUUAUUUAAUCAGUCACCAAUCGAUACACUGCCACAUUUACAUGUAGUUCUGAAGCUGAUCUCAGGCAUCUCUUACAUCAACCAGUGCAUGAGUAGAAACAUUGUAAGCCCUCCAAACUCGCACCACUAUUGCCUCCGGGCCCCCCUGUUCUCCGAAAACUGAUCUCAACUGUCAACCUCCGAGCUUGAGCUCACCUCCCAGUGUUUCUUUGUGAAGGCUACAGAUUAAACCCUUGGCCUCUGUCGCCAGAUGAAGUGAAAGGCAGAGAGACGGUCCUCUCGAGAGUUUGUGUUUGAGGUAUCGCAUAAUGUGCCGGAGAUGUUGUGUGUGUCCAAAGCGUUUGUGUUUGUUUGUUUGUUUUUUACACAUACGUUUUUUUUUUUUCUUAAUUCUAAAGUUUGGUUAAAGUUUAAAGACAAAUCCUGAAGAUUUGAGUCAGUGAAAGCACUAAGGUUUACCUUUGUCUAUAAAUGCUCCAAGGUAAUUCAACAGGAGGCUGCUUUUUACAUGAUGAUUACAGUGUAAACCUCAAGUAACUGUAAUUUGAUGAAAGAUGACUAAAAAGUAGGCUUUCUCUGAAUGAUGUUAGGAGCAUUUAUGAUUGCUCACAGUUCACGUAUGAUAGGCUUUCUUUAAAACAAUUCUUGCAUCAGAAUAAAUUUGCUUUUCGUGGCAGUUUCAUUCAGGAAAGUUUACAUUAUAGUAUAGUAAAAAAAAAUAAUCUGGGAGGACUCCUGCAUCAAGUCCUCAAUUUAUAGACAACAUACACAACCUAAAGUGUGUUCCCGUUCAUGUGUUUGUGUGUUUUUAUCGUGACACUAGUAAGCAAAUUAUCAGAGUUUUCCACCCCCCCCCCUCCAUUUCAAGAAUGGAAAUCGCAUCACCUUUUGUUCAGUUUGUUCAUUUAGUUUCUACAUCAUGAUUCUCCAGAGGAAAAAGGCUGUAGAGCUUUAAUGUUGACGCACACAGCAGUCCUCCGCCACACGGGGUUCUGGGUGUUGUUUGCUGUCUGGUCUGGAUGUGAUAAAUGGUAGACUUACUGUGCUGUAUGUCGGUUAUGCAAGUUCAACGAAGCCACUGCGCACACAUACAUACGAGUGAGUUGUGGAAUGUGGCAUUCAGGCCGGAUGUUAGUUAAUACCUAACUGUCUUACCUUUGCACAUGGAUUGAAUUUUUUUUUUUUUUUGGUCUUCAAUUAUGUAAGACGUUAGGAGAAAAUUACACUCUCUGUAAAACUGCCUCUCUGUUAAUUCCUCUAUAAGUGUUAAGUAAAAGUUUAAAUAAAAUGUUAAUUUUGUGGA